UUAAAAAAAGAAAAAAAGUCCACAUCAAAAAGGUCUUUAAAAAAAAGGCGGGGGGGAGGAAAUCCUCUAAUACAAACUAGUGAUUGGACAAUCUUUGGCAAACUUUAACAUCAUCAGGCAGCGAUACCACUUUAAGAAAAUUCCAAGGAAAGGACAGCCCCAUUUUAAAAUUCCCACCUCUGGCUCCCAAGGAUUGGGUUGCAAACUUAGAUAAAACACUCUUCUCCACUCCCUAUUGGUGCAUGCUCUAUCAUUCAUUCUCCCUGGAAUUUUGUGAGAUACUAAGUUGCUUUAUGGGAAAAGGCUGCGCCAAUUUAGGCUGGAAUUGCCCUACUUUAGACUUUUUCUGGUUAUCAAUCUGUACAAAGAAUCACCAAACUGAUACAGCGUGGACCAAACUGAUAAAUCAGGCUGCCGGGACAUUGUGUAAUUCGAUCGAAAAAGAAACGGACAACCUCUCAAGCACAUCGAGUAUUUGACAAAGGAUUUUACGACACUGAGAGAGAUGAAUUUCAACCAAAAAAAAAAAGUUGUGACUGAAGAACACCAUGGGAAGAUGGGAGAUAUUUGUACUCAGACUGUAGGCUUUCACCUGAUCUGUUUCUCUGAGACAAAACUCAGUUCCAUACCUCAGUGAGCUGCUACCAUGUACCAGAUGAUAUCCUCAGUGCUGGGCAAAAAAAGAGGAUAAUGUAUAUAAAAAUAUGCAAGAAUCACAGGGAACUCACAUAUCCAACCACCUGGAUGAAAUUGUUGCUGCCGUCAGCAUAACACCUAGAAAAAUGCUCCAAAACAAGCUGCCUCAGACAGCACUGUUUCAGCCUCCUCGAGAGAAACUCCACCUCUGUGAAGAGAAAGCAAAGUCCUAUUCUAGCAGUCAUGAGUAUAAACAGGCUCUCCAGGAGCUUGUGCGCUGUGUGGCGCUGACGAGGAUCUGCUAUGGUGACUCACACUGGAAACUGGCCGAGGCGCAUGUUAACCUGGCUCAGGGCUACCUCCAGCUGAAAGGACUGUCACUGCAAGCAAAACAACAUGCAGAAAAAGCCAAAGAAAUCCUCACCAACUCCAUUGUGCAUCCCUACAAUGACAAUACAGAUGUUUUCAAGUGUUCGGUUGAGUUAUUCCAUACCAUGGGGAGAGCCUUACUCUCCCUUCAAAAGUUUAAGGAAGCUUCAGAGAAUUUGACAAAAGCAGAGAGACUUUCAAAGGAGCUGCUGCAAUGUGGAAGGAUUAUAAAGGAAGAAUGGAUAGAAAUUCAAACGCAGAUCAAAUUGUCAUUUGCACAGGUAUAUCAAGGUCAGAAGAAAUCAAAAGAAGCUCUGCCCCACUACCAAGAGGCUUUAGAAUAUAUUGAGAUCAGUAAAGGUGAAAAAAGUCUUGAGUGCGUACCAACAUUGAGGGAAUUGGCAAGUGUAGAACAAGCCCUGGGAUUUCACGACGCAUCCAUCAACCACCUUUUACAGGCGCGUCUCAUCGUCCUGAGCAGAAACCCCUCUCAAGAGGAGGCAGCCGUGUCCGCACACUCCGUCGCCUGUGCUGCUGUCGCUUCUGGAAGGCCUGAGCACCAUGGUGAGAGCGAGAGCGAGCCUUCCGUGGGGGACAGCGAGGCCUGCUCCCUGCCUGUCCCAUAUGUGGCUGAGCAGUAUUUUCAAGAUAGCAUGGCUAAUCUUAAGGAUGCUGAAGGGAUAGGAAAAGCCAAAUUUCUUUCAAUUCAAGAUGAUUAUUGCCAUUUUCUACAAGUCACUGGACAAAAAGAGAGAGCUACCUCCAUCCUGAGAGAGUCCCUGGAGGCCAAAGUGGCAGUGUAUGGCGAUCUCAGUCCCGAGGUGGCAGAGACAUACCGGCUCCUGGGCGGGGCUGACCUGGCACAGGGGAACCAGAGAGGGGCCCACAAGAAACUGAAGAAGUGUCUUCAGAUCCAGACCCUCUUAUAUGGACCACAGGACAAGAGGACUCUGGCCACCCAGCAGACCAUGGAUGUCCUGUCCAAGGCCCCCGAGAAGGCCGUGAAGCCUCGGCAGCCCCCAAGAGCCAAGGCGGCCUUCUGCACCAGCGGGCCACAGCACACUGCGCUGGGGAAGGCCAGGCCCAACGCAGACGACUGAGCCCACCCCCACCAAAAGCUCUGCUCAUGCCUGGGUGCUGACACUUAGGGUGCUCUAUAAAUCUCUCUCCAGCCAGAAGGUAGACUUCAACAGUCAUUGGCAGAUUUUCUAGGCUGUUUGCUCCAAAUGCAACAGCGGUCCCAUAAACUUCCCAUGGGCCACCUUUUGACAGUGGAUGCCCUUCCCGGUGAUUUGGCGCUGCUAUAAAGCAUUUUUCUUUUUACCACCUUAGUGGUUUUCCUUGCCAGCAAGAAUUUUUACCCAUCAGCACUACUGUGGCUGAAGGCUUCUCUUCAAAACU